AUGGUUCUCAGCACCGUCGCCUUCGACAUUUCGUCGGCCUGCAUUUGCGGCACCCUCAUCCUGACCCGGUGUCUAUACCGUCUCUUCUUCACAUGCAAGGUCCAUCCCACCUGCCACCGGAGAUGGCGUGUCGACGACGCAUACAUGGCGUUUGCCAUUAUUCCUCUCGUGGCCCGGACGGCGACGAUUUCCACGUCUUUCAAGCUCAACCCUGAUCAGCUCACGACGCCCGUGACGAUGGAGGAGGCCCAGCAGGCUAACAUGAGCGUGGAAGACCUGACGGCGGACCGGAUCUUGUCCAGGCAGCUGCUCUUGCCCGCGCGCAUUUUCUAUGCUUUAUUCUUGUGGUGUCUUAAGCUCUGCCUGCUUUCCUUCUACACACGAUUCGUGGACCCGCUGGAAUGGGGGAAGAAGGUCAUCACGACCUUGAGAUGGGUGAUUUGUCUCACAUUCAUCGCCGUCCUCAUCUCCACAGUGGCAGAAUGUCACCCUCUCCAAUUCCGAGCGCUGGUGAACCUGCUCGUAAUGGCUGUUUUCAACAUUAUUACCGACAUCGCCCUCAUCAUCCUUCCCUUUCCUAUGCUCCGCAACGUCAGACUGGAUCGAAAAUCCAAAAUCCAGCUUUCCUUUCUAUUCGGCAUCGGCUUCGUCGUCGUUGUCAUCACCAUCCUGCGCAUCCCUCUCAUCCUUAUCAACUCCGUCUCGCAACAAUCACGUUCAUUGUGGGCAUCCAUCGAAACUCUCUGCGCAUGUAUAGUAGCCAACACGGCCUUCUUCUACACCCUGGUCAAGGACCUCCAGGGCCGACACAGCCAUUCUAAGAGCAGCUCCAACCACGUUGUGGGCGGCAACUUUUAUCUACAGAGCCUACCAUCGUCAUCGGGAUAUCCCGAUGGCUCUGAACGUCCGAAGACGGCGGACGAGGGCAGGCAGCCAAGGCUACAACCGAUGGUGUAG